CCGUCAUCACCUCCGCGCCGCGGAUUGUUUUAGCAAUUGUUGGCAUUAGGCAUGGCGGUAGCCGGAGGAUCGCGGGUUCGAGCCCUGCGGCUCCUUUUCGGUUACGGCUUCCGCGCUCGGUCAGCUUCGGCGGCGACGCCAACGGGGCCUCGAGGACUGGUCUAUGAGAAGCACGGAGAGCCGGCUCAGGUCCUACACCUAAAAGAUGUAGCUUUAGCCAGACUUGGGGAUUCUGGCGUCCACGUGAAAAUGGUUGCAGCUCCCAUCAACCCAGCAGACAUCAAUAUGAUUCAAGGAUCCUAUGGCAUUGUUGCUGACUUACCUGCAGUUGGUGGGAACGAAGGAGUUGGGCAAGUGAUGGACACAGGAAAUUCUGUGACAACUUUGAAACCAGGAGACUGGGUGAUUCCAGCUGAUGGAGGACUUGGAACUUGGCGAACAGAAGCGGUAUUCGAUGAGAAAACUCUGUUGAAAAUCCCACCGGAUAUUCCACUGACUUGUGCUGCCACACUGGGUGUUAACCCUUGCACAGCUUAUCGGAUGUUGUCUGAUUUUGAGACUUUAGAACCAGGGGAGUCUGUCAUCCAAAACGCAGCCAAUAGUGGAGUGGGACAGGCUGUAAUCCAGAUUGCAGCAGCCAAGGGCAUCAAAACAAUAAAUGUAAUAAGAGAUAGACCAGAUCUCCAGGAUCUUAUAGACAGACUUAAGUCCCUUGGAGCAGACUAUGUUAUCACAGAGGAGAUGCUAAGAAAACCAGAAAUGAAAGAGUUGUUUAAGGAAAUUCCUAAGCCUUCAUUAGCUCUGAAUGGUGUUGGAGGGAAAAGUGCUACUGAGCUGAUGCGUCACUUGAGGCAUAGUGGGACCAUGGUUACCUACGGUGGGAUGUCAAAGCAGCCUGUGACAGUCCCUGCGAGUGCACUGAUCUUUAAGGAUGUCAACGUUCGUGGCUUUUGGAUGACCCAGUGGAAGAGGGCCAAUGCCCACAGCAAAGAGAAGCUGGAAACAAUGAUAGCAGAGCUGUGCACUCUCGUUCAAAAGGGUCAACUGGUUGCUCCAGUCUGCCGAGAAGUCCCUUUGGUGGAUUACCAAGCAGCUUUGAAGACUUCCCAGGAACCAUAUGUAUCCGUUAAGCAGAUCCUACGGAUGUGAAGAUGGUCCGGUGGGAAAAUAGCAGACGAGCAUUUUCAGUGGAUUUCAAUCCCAGGAGGCUUGAAUGGUUCAGAAUUACAGAACCGAUUUAUAUCUUCGCGUCCGUCUUCUGGCUCGACAGAGACAGGCGGAGGAAUAAGGAGCAAACAGUGAAGGCUUAACAUAAACCGGAGAUCACUAUCCAAUGUCAGUGAUGGCCUGGGAGUUAAAGCAAUUAUGGUUUCUACCCAAUCUGGGAAUCCCUUGUAGACUUUCUCUCUUUUUAUUUUUUUAUUAUUAAACUUAUCUGCCGUCCAUCAAGCCAGGGGGUGACUUUAGGUGACUUGAUAGAAAAGUGGAGAAAAAAGGAGACGUUUCAGCCCAUGGAGGAACGGUUCUUAUCCUGGCAAUUCUCCCAGUGUUGAAGUCCAAUUUUUUUUUAACUACUGGUUCGGUGGGCGUGGCUUGGUGGGUGUGUCAGGGGAAGGAUACUGCAAAAUCUCCAUUUCCACCCCACUCCAGGGGAAGGAUACUGCAAAAUCCCCAUUCCCUCCCCACUCCUGGGGAAAAGAUAUUGCAAAAUCUCCAUUUCCACCCCACUCUGGGGUCAGCCAUAGGUGGUAUUUGCUGUGGCUCCAAACUACUCAAAAUUUCCGCUACCAGUUCUCCAAACUGCUCAAAAUUUCUGCUACUGGUUCUCCAGAACUUGCUGGAUUUCACCCCUGGAUUCUCCCAUAUAUGCUGAUGUAUGUGCGCGCACUCAGAAUAUUAUUAUAAAAUGUGGUAAGAAUUCCUCAAGAGUGGAAUGAGAUGGGGCAGAGGCUAGUCUCACUGGAGUUAAAGACUUUGUAUAAAUCUAUUUCAGAAUCUGCAGAUUAUAAUGAGUUUAGGUAGUGUCGAUCGUCCCAUUGGGUACAUUCAACAAAAGAAACUCCCAGCUCUUUAGAUCAGGGGGUGUCAAAUUUAAGGCCCGCAGGCCAGAUUCGGCGUGACCCACAGCGCCGCCCUGGAAACAGCGAAGGAGAAUCCUGGGGUGCCUCUGCCAGUGAAAACAGAGCUCGGAAGGGCCACACGUGAGCCCUCUGAGCUCCAUUUUUGCUGGCAGGGGGUUGCAGGAGCCAUCCCAGCUGAAAAUUGGGCCACGCCCAGCCCAGGCACCCUAGCCACACCCACCCGGCACCCCGAGAUCAAACACAACCCUGAUGCGGCCCUCAAUGAAAUAGAGUUUCAUUGAUUAACCAAGAGUGUAGCUCUGUUGAAAAAUCCACCUAGUGUUGUGUCUUGCCCGCCCUCAGAGCAGCCGGGGCCUUCUUACCUGCUCCCGAACACUGAGGAAUGUAUGCCUCCCGGCCCAAGUCCUGGCUCCAUGCCCACACAAACUGCAGAAGAAGGAGCAUCUCCCUCUCCCAGCCCUGACUCCAUGCCCAGGCAAACGGAGCAGCUAGACCCCUCCCCCUCCUCCACAGCAGGUGAGCCUGAGGAGGGUUUACUCCCAACAACAGCUGAUUGGAGUGACCCUCGCAUCAGAAGAUUGGAGAGGCGGAGGCAACAGAAGGAAGGGAGGGGCAGGCCUUAAUGAGUGCUGAGUCAUGGAGCCACACCCCAUGGCCUAUAUAAAGGAUCUGCUUUCUGGCAGUCUCUGAGUCAGGCAAAAGUCGAACUUAUCUUGCUGAAGUCACUUACUGGUCUCCUGCCUGCUCUGAGGACUUUGCUAGGACUUUGGGCAGAGCUGCAGAGGCAAGCCUGAUUCGGAUUUCCCUGACCCAGCCGUCAGCGGAGGAGUGGGACACGACACCUAGGCACAGCAGAAGCAAAGUCAGUUCUGGGAUUUUCCCGUGAAAACCCACACAAAAGUAACUCCCCUUUUCCCCUCCAGGCCACUCAGAGUUCACCAAUGGAGUUCAAUUCUUUUGCUUUGGGAAAAGCUGUCUGCUUCUGUCAAAACAUUCUUCAUCGCUUGCCCUUGUCAGAUAACAUCUCUGCAGCAACAGAUGGUUCACUUGCAUUCCAAAGCCUCCUUCCACCCUUAGGAAUUCACUACCCACUUACAGUUUGGCAAAGCUGCGAGCGAAAGCAGGUAGAAUUAAUCAUGGAGCCAAGUCAGGUUUGACACGUAGGUUUUUAGUAUUUUCCUCAGGAGCACAGGACAAUCUUUACAGCCAGAUCCAUUUCUUUCCUGAGCAAAAUGGCUCUUGACAAGUUAAGACAUUGAGCAGGAAAAUCAUGGUGGAUGCAUCUAGCUUCAAAAUGAGUUCUGUGCAGGGGUGAAAUGCUCCCGGUUCGGACCAGAUCGCCCGAUCCGGUAGCGAUGGCGGCGGGUGGUUCGGAGAACCGGUAGCAAAAAUCUCUGCCCACCUCCAUGCCCAGCUGAGCCACGCAAUCAUCAGAAGGUUUUUUUUUUUACUUUUAAAAGCAUUUUUUCUUCAGCUGAAAAAAUGCUUUUAAAAGCUAAAAAAAAAGCCUCUGAUGAUCGCGCGGUUCAGCUGGGAUCAUCAGAGCCUUUUAAAAGCAUUUUUUCUACAACCUCUUCGGCCGAAGAGGUUGUUAAAAAAAUGCUUUUAAAAGGUUCUGACGAUCCCAGCUGAGUUGCCUGAUCGUCAGAGGCAACUCAGAAAAAAUGCUUUUAAAAGAAAACAAAAGUCUCUGACGAUCAGGCAACUCAGCUGGGAUUUAAAAUGCUUUUAAAAGAAAUUAAAAAAAGCUGGCCACGCCCACCCAGUCACAUUAUCCCACCACCACCAAGCCACGCUUUUACAUUUCACCACUGAUUCUGUGGCUUCUAAGGUAACUCCCCCCAACUUCAUAUUCGAUUUCCGUAAUUCUCGGCCCAUACAACUGAUCACCAUGCUGGCUGGGAGUUAUAUGACUCAGUCCAAAAUAUUGGGGUUGGAGAAGAAUUUUUCUAAGCCAGUGUUUCUCAACCUUAGCAACUUGAAGAUGUGUGGAUUUCAAUUCCCGCAAUUCCACACAUUGAAGUUGCAAAGUCCACACGUCUUCAAGUUGAAGUCCACAUAUCUUCACGUUGUUCUAAACCAGGGGUCUGCAAACUUGGCUCGUUUAAGACUUGUGGACUUCAAC